AUGCCUCGAGUUCCGUCCGUUUACUCGGACUUCUUCUACGGUCCGCUGACCGAGGACGUGGAGGACCUGCUGGUCCGCUUCGAGCGCACGGGCUCGGUCCGGUUCGGGGAGUUCUCGUCCAUCUGGAGGGCCACGAGCUUCUCGGAGGUCUUCCUCGGCCUCGGCGGCAGCGGGGACUCCAGGAGGUUCUCCGGGAUCAGCCUGGCCACCGCCGCGAGGUUCUUCCUGCCCCCCUACAGCUACCAGGUCCGGGUGGGGGGUCUGUACCUGAUGUUUGGCUUCUACCACGCCCAGCUGUUUGAUCCMCCUGUGAAGAUCCGGCUGGCCCUGAAGGACUGGGACCACGUGCAGAACUUCCUCAGGGACUCCAUGAAGGCACGGCACUAUGACGUCAUCUACAUCUACCGGAAGCUCCUCGCGGCCCAGGCCUUCCACUUCACAGCCAUGCCUCAYGUCCUGGCCUUCAUGAAGCAGCAGAACCCCCAAACCCAGGAGGUCCACCAGGAGGGUCUGAGCAGGGCCACCGUAGUCCAGGACCUCGUGACCCCGGAUCUCCUGGACGAGAUGAGUAGCAUCCAGAGCCACUACGAGAAGCUGAAGGAGGCCACAGAGGAGGUCAGGUCCAGGGUCUCCGUGAUCCACCGGGACUUCAGCUCCUGUCUGAAGGACUGCGUGUCCGASUUCAUCACCUGGCAGCAGAGGACCUCCACCUCCGAGACCAGGAGGGACAAGGAGGUCCACGAGCGGGACGCCGAGGACAGGGAGUCCAGCAGCMGAGCCAGGCUCCUGUCCUCCAUCAAGAACAAGAGCUACAAGAACUUCCAGGARGCGCCCAAGUCCAGGAGGCACCGUAAGCUGGAGGCGGUGGACUCGUCCUCCUCUGCGGUCCCUCUGGUCCAGGAGGCCAGGACUUCACAGAAGAGGAGGCCCGUGUCUCUGAGGGCCCGGACCCAGAAGAGACUGGAGGUGACGGAGGAGAGGAGUGCUGUCCAGACCUGGCUCCUGAGCGCYCCUGAGGAGACGCAAGGGGUCCCGAUGAAGAGGACCAACCCAGGAUCCAGGACCUGA